AUGUCCUUGUUGGAUCUCGAUUCAGUUAUCAUCGAACGAGACAGAGGUACCUCAACUAAAUCCGACAUGCUGAUAGUCAUAUGCAUGGCGCUUGCCUUAAGCUUAACCGAGGCAGCACCGCAAGGCUAUUAUUCUCCCUCUUCGCCUCCUGCAUCAACUUUUCCAGCCAGCGAUGGAAGCAGUUGGUGGAGCAAUGCUGGAGGUAAUGCUGCUGUCGGAGGAGCAGGAGGUGGAAGUGCAGGAAGUUCGUGGGCAGUUGGAGGAGCAGGAACUGGAGCAGGAGGUGGAGCAGGAGGUGGAAGUGCAGGAAAUGCGUGGUCAGCUGGAGCAGCAGGAACUGGAGCAGGAGGUGGAGCAGGAAGUGGGAGUGCAGGAGGCGCGUGGUCAGCUGGAGGAGUAGGAGAUGGAGCUCAAGCAGGAUGGGGAGUAGCUGGAGGAAUUGCUGGAGGAGGUGGAACAUUUGGUGCAAGAGGGGGAGCUGCAAGUGCACAAGCAGGUGGAAUCGGUGGUGCGAGCUAUGGUGCCGCUGGAUCUUCAGUGAGUGGUGGAACUGGAGUCCAGAGAGGAAGUUCAGCAGGAGGUGGAACCGUUGGGGGUGGAGCACGUGGCUUACUGACGCCACCAGGUGGAGGAGGAACUGCUGCAGCUGGAGGCUUUGCCGCAACUGGUGGAGGCACUGCUGGAGCUGGUAGAGGUGCAGGUGGAGGCGUUUCCGCAGCAGGUGGAGGUGCAGCAGCUGCAUGGGGAGGUGCAGCUGCCGCAGGUGGAGGUGCAGCUGCUGCAGGUGGAGGUGCAGCUGCUGCAGGUGGAGGUGCAGCUGCCGCUGGUGGAGGUGCAGCUGCCGCUGGUGGAGGUGGAGGUGCAGCUGCAGCAGGUGGAGGUGCAUCCAAAACUCCAGUAGCAAUCAUCAAAGACGAGAGAAAAGCUCCCGAUGCAGCAGGUUCCUACAGCUUCUCCUUUGAAGCGGAAAACGGAAUUGCGCGGUCGGAGUCCGGAUCUUUGAACGCCCAAGGAAUGAUUGUGCAAACUGGAGAAUAUUCAUACACGAUGCCUGACGGGCAGAAGUUCAAACUGACUUACAUCGCGGAUGGUAAUGGAUUCCAGCCGCAGUCUUCCUUCCUGCCACCCGUCCCUGACUUCGUGAAGGAGCAGAUAGAGAGGGCCAAGAAAGAGGAUGCUGAAGCAGCUGCUAAAGGUGGAAGUGCAGGAGGUGGAAGUGCAGGAGCAGGAGGUGGAAGUGGAGGAGCAGGAGGUGGAGGAGGAAGUAGUAGCUACUGGAGGAGGAGGAGCUGGAAGGAAGAGCUGGUGGAUCAUCUUCAAGUGGAGUAG